AUGCUCUGGGUAUUUGGAAUUGGGAAUUUGUUUCUAAUCAUUAUUCUGCCGUUUCAAAGAGUUUUUACGGUGGAAGUCGAGGCCGGCUACGAUAAACUGUUUGAGCAGUUGCCGGUGCUCGAAAAUACUGAAAGUUUGGGGAAAAGGUGGCCUAGGGAUACGCCGGUGCCGUUUCGAUUUGAAUUUCGGAUCCCCCUACCAAGCCGCCACAAAAUCCGCACCGUCCUGAAGGAUAUCGAGUCCAAAAGCUGCAUCCGAUUUUUGGAAAAUCCAAGAGAAGACCUCGGCGUCCCACUGGUUCGGGUCAUCAAUGAUAAAACCUGUUGGUCCCGCGUUGGUCCGCAUUUCGACGGGCCCGUGCAGAACAUCUCGAUACCUUUCGGAUGCACGGAUUCGUUUGGCGUGAUAGCGCACGAGAUUCUCCAUCUGUUGGGCUUUGAGCACACGCAGUCUCGAGCCGACCGAGACCAACAUAUUCACAUCUUUGCUCCGAACAUCAAGCCUAAUGAAUUACGGCAGUAUCAAAAGCAAUUCUCCCUCCCUUCUGAAGUCUAUAAAUUGCCCUACGAGCUGGGUAGCGUAAUGCAUUAUGGGGCUUAUGGUAAUGGAAUUAACCAGUCAAUGCCUUCGAUUAUACCACUGGAUAGGCGAUAUUUGAAAACGCUGGGCCAACGGAUCCGAAUAACGUUUCUGGAUUUUGUGUUGUUAAAUCGUUUUUAUGGAUGUUACGAAAAUCCCGACUGUGAUGAUUUGGUCUGCCAAAAUGGUGGUGUCUCGAUUUUCAAGGAUACCUGCGCCUGUUUUUGCCCGGAUGGCUUUUCCGGAGGGUUUUGUGAUGAGCCGGCCAAGUCUACCACCAAGAAUCCGAAGUGCAGUGUUGAGUUGAAGGCAAAGCCCGGCUGGCAGCGUCACCGGAUUAGGCUCGAUUCCGGGGUCCGGAACAACGGCCCAAAUUUGUUUAUGCCGGAGGAAUGCUGGAUGCAUAUCAAGGCGGCCCCCGGUACGAAAAUCGAACUCCAGUUCCAAGAUUUCGAAGGAAAAUGUGACCGCACCUGCACGAUCAAUGGCGUAGAAAUCAAAUUGGACAAUUUGGAGCAGACUGGAAUUAGGGACUGCUGCAAGGAAGAGCUAAAGAAGUCGAGAUUCCGUUCUUCUGGCGAGCUUCUCGUGCUCGGGGCGUUUGCCAGAAAUAAUCAGACGCUUGCUGCUUUCAAAUAUCGUCGUGUUUUAAAA